UCUGGGUGCUAUUGUGUGCUCAGCUGUGUUUGUGUGUACUAGUGCUGUAUACACUAAGUGCGGUGUUGUUAUUGUUGUCAAACUGUGGUGCGAAAUGGAACCACCUGGCGGGAGGGAUUCCCGAUUCAACCUAGGUUACAGCAUGAACCUGCUGUCAGGCGAGACGCCGCCAGAGAUCUACGGCAACCCUGGCCUGGGGCGGCCCUCCACCAGCUUGCAGCAGCUGUCGCCGCGCCACACGAUGGUGUCGAGCGCUUGCGGAGGGCGCGGCCUCAAAGGCGACAUCUGCUACGACGAUCGGGGGAUGCCCUCGCAGGGCAUGGGACUGGAGGCGUGCGGCGUCAACGACAUAUCCGAAGACACCUACAACACCCUCCAGCCUAAGAAAUCGCCGCCGAGUAACGGCAAAAAGACCAAAGGCAGAGUCAAGAUCAAGAUGGAAUACAUAGAAAACAAGUUGCGGCGGUACACGACGUUCUCAAAGAGGAAGACUGGCAUCAUGAAGAAGGCCUACGAGCUGUCGACUCUCACCGGGACACAGGUGAUGCUCCUGGUGGCGUCUGAGACGGGGCACGUGUACACCUUCGCCACCCGCAAACUCCAACCGAUGAUAACCAGCGAGGCUGGUAAAGCGCUGAUUCAGACCUGUUUGAACUCCCCGGAUCCUCCGGCAGGUUCGGCAUCCGGUGACCAGCGAAUGUCGGCCACCGGAUUCGAGGAGACGGAACUUACCUACAACAUCAGCGACGAGGACUCCAAAGAUGACAACAUGUCGGGGGGCGAAUCUAGCGACAGUAGUGACGCCGACGCCCACGAGGAUGAACCCGACGUCGGUUUUGCACCUUCAUCGUCGAAAGCAGCGACCCCUCCUCCUUCCACGUCUUCACAACCCUCAUCUACGUCUUCCAGCACGUCAACGACAGCACCAUCGACGACAACGACAAAGUCGUCUGCGUCUCAACCCUCAAUCAUGUCUCCUCUGCUAUACCAAACUCCUCAAGGUAUGAUGUAUGCGACUCCGUCGAACGGAGGAGUCAUCUUCAGUUUAGCCCAGACGGAUUCUGCACACCCUCAGUUUAUUACGAUACCAUUGUCGAUGGUAGCGGCUAACGGCCAAGGAGAACUUGACCUGUCGAAACGGAAGUGACCGUCGAAUAAGAUUAUUGGCACGUUGCGGGCUUCCGUCGACUUUGUUUCAUAUGUGCGCUUCAGUUUCCUUUUCCGGUUAUCGAGGCGGACGGUUUCGUCGGGACGUGAUGUGCCCGUUUCCGUAUUCAAAAAUCAUGGAGCUUGGACGCGCAUUUUUUUAUUUGCUAAUAAGCCGAAGAAGAGGCAUAUCUAGCAAGGGACACUUGACUUGUACUUUAAAGCAAUAAUUACUAAGACAGAAUCGGUUUUCAAUUUGUUAUGUAGAAAAUUUUAUUCUGUUGCUCCAUGACAAAUAGGAGUGUCGAAAAAUAUUAAUUAAUUUAUGUAGAUAUUUGACACCAAAGGCUAUGGUGGAAUGGAUAUUAACGUAUUUUUCAAACUGCUACUUUCAGAAAAACGGCAAGGAAGAAUCUACUGGAGCCGGAUACUUAAGGCAAGUAUUCACCCAUUGGCAUCUACAUUUUUUCUAUUCACAUGAGUAAUGUUGAAUGGCCUAUACAGAUACAAAUAUUUUAUUAUGAAGAAAUUGAAGACUGAAAAGUUGUUUAUAACGUCACCAAAUUACCAAUAAUAGUUAUUUAUUCUAAGAGUUUGAGUUUAAAUCGGACGCAUUAUUUCACCGAGUGGAUUAUCAUCUACGAGGUGGAAUAAAGCGUCUCAUUUACACUCAAACGAGUUGAAUACAACAUUUUAUUCUUCGAAUUAGACUCAAUGAGGUUAAACUUUCUUUAAAUCUGUUAAAAAUAAUCUGACGUUUCGUAUUGAGAAAUGCCAAACAUUUGUCAAAACUUCCUUACACGGGAGAAAAACCGUAAAUUUUGACAGUGUCGAAGAAUAAAAGAUUUUUCGUACUGUUUUUGUGGACGCAAUUUAUUCCCAAACAAAAUACUAAAUCAAAACUAUCGCCAUGCAAAAUCUUUUGCCUACCAUUCAUUCCUAGACGAUGAAUAAUUUUUUAUCUGCAAAUGUUAUAAACACUUUCGGUUUCUUACUUUAAGAUGCAAUAAUCCAGGUAAAUAUACAAGAAAAUGCGCAAAUAUUACAAUAACAAGUACACCGAAAUUGGAAAAAUGUUUUACAGGUUAAAUGUUCCUUUCUGAAAAAUUGUAAUUACAUUAAAGAAGCUUAAACAUAUAAUAAUGUUUUACUUUCUUUUGAUGUAAAUUGACUAUUUUUUUCCAAACAGCAAUGCUUUAGCAAACAUGUGAAUAAAGGUAUACAAUAUAGGUAUUAAUAGUACUUUAAUAAUCGUGUAAAAACUAUUUUGUGCUAAUUUAUAUCCUAUUUGACAAAAGUCAUAUUAGUUUUUUUUAACGAUUCUUGCGAAAAAUGUUUGUCGUUUUGUCAUUGUCGUGCUUUUGAUUUUAUGUUUGUUACUGUAAAAAGUGACAAUAAUUCUCGCCAAAUCGUACUUAUUUAUUUAUUAUAAUAUUAUCCCAAUUACUACUAGUUUCGUAUUCAAUUUAGACUGAAAUUUGUUGGAACGACCGCUUUGAUCUGGCGCUCAUUCCAGCAAUUUUAUUUCUCUACUUGUGUUAUAAUGCUAGUCAAUGCUAGUGCAUAAAUUUGUGUUUUUUUAGGUUGGUGUUACUAAUAAUACGUUGUUAGUAUGAUAUACAAAAAUGUUUGUCAGUUGGUUUCUGUCGGCAUUUCCGUCAAUCACCGAACAUUCCAAAAAAAGGGCAAUGUUUUUAGAACUACUGUCUUGUUAACUGCUGAUGGUAACCCGACUGGAGAUAUUUUUGCAAAAUUGUUGAAAACGUUUUUAUUUAUUAAUUUAUUGGAUGCAGUUUUAUAAAUAAAGGUGCCUUUAGAUAAUGUACUUGUAACAUAUCUUUUUUGAUAUUUAUCAUAUUUACAUAAUAAAAGUUAUGCAAAGCAGUGCUCAAACUAUCACGCCUUUUAUUUUUGUAUCCUUGUAAGCCUUAAACUGCCAUCAUGUAAUAAUAAUGCAUAAACAAAUAGGAAAAAAAUUGUUUUCAUUGUAUAACGAAAAGAAUAUCUGUAUUUAUAUUUCGUGCCAUAUAUAUCUGCGAAAAUAAAAUUUGUUAUUAUGUUCUGUU